AUGAUGAGUGAUGAAGGGCCACUGUUAGUGUACUACAACUACCACUCAGUACCAAUUUCACAAGAAAAGAUUGAAAGUCUCAUUAAACAUGUAGUGGUCAAAUUAUCGGCCGAAUUCGACAAGUUCUAUUUUUGUUGCGAUGUUCGAGCAACACCCAAAGACAUUACCGACUAUGCGGAACACUUUCAGCACGGAGAAAUAGCUCAUAUGUCACUAUCAAGCGAGGGUUCAAUCGAAGAGGCCCUCUGUCAACGAAUGGUCUGGCAUGCCUCUACCAUCAACGGAGCACCAGGCCUCAUUGCCCUGGUUUCCGACGCUGGAAACUAUGGUCCAACACUAACAGCGCUGGCUCGAGGUGGUUGGCGAAUAGCGAUAUUUCAUCCACCUGAGACCAGCUCGACGUUUCUCGACUACGCCGACGAGGCCUUCGCACUUCCGAUACAUCGUGAACAGAUUGAAGAGCAAGGUGUCGCUAACAUACCAUAUGUGUUGAACUUCCCGACGUUACAACCGCCCGCCCGAGAAGACUGCGCCAUUACAGCCAUGGCACAAGAUCUCAGACAGAAGACCAUGCGCCUUCCCUGGCCAUCUAAAGUUGCACCCAUUCGACCGGUAGAUUCCGACCUCGAUGGAGGUUGUUGA